AACGGCACAUGCGCAGACUGGCGCAGAGAACGAGAACGCGCGCUGGUACCGCGCGUGUCCCUCUCGUUGUUUUAUUGUGUCUACCGAGAAUGCACGUUCACCGGUUACGAGAGCAGCCGCGAAUCCCCACUAAACCUUCUAAGCUGCCCGUUCACGGUCCAUCGACAGGCCAGGUCCCGGUUCUUCCCCCCUCGUUCCACGGCUUGUCGAGCUCGGCUCGAAACAUGGCUAAGACUAAAACGAUUAGCAAGGGAUGCCCAAAAUGCGAGCAGCAGGUACCUGUCGCAUGCAAAGCUUGUCCCUGUGGACACUCCUUUUUCAAUGCACGCCGCAACUCCAUUAAAAGUCCACCCAGCCCUGAAGGUGGAGUGAUGAAAACGAGAAGAACAAAUCGUAUUAAACGCGAGAAGCCAAAUUAUUAUGAUGCUUUGGAAUAUGACAAACAGAUGAAAAAAAGUGCCAAGAUCAGACGGACUACAGACAACGCAAGCGAUAUUGAUUGUCGACAGUUGAAUAAGAAGAAAAAACGGAAAGGAAAGGGAAAGGGCAAAAGUGGUAGUAACAGUGGUAUGGGUGACGAUGACGAUGAAAUGGACGGGAUCAAUGGAUUAUCUCCGGAGAAGCAGCUCACCUGUUCUCUGAUAUUGCAAGAACUGAACAACAAGAUGAGAGUGGUGGCUUGGAAGCCUACGUGAAAUCUGCAGUAAAUGUAGAUACAUAUAUCUCUCUUUGACGAUCUCAAUGACCAUUAGUCCGACGUGAUUAUUUUAUUAUGGUACAAUUAUGGCACAAUUAUGGUGAGAUACAAAUGGAAUUGUGCAGUAUGAUGCACCGCGUGCAUCGAUCUUCUAUAAUAUCGAACAUUAAAGUUACCGCGUCGAACUUUACAUCGACUUUAGUCUCUAUAUACAGAAAUAACUGCCAUAAAAGUCUCCGUAUUGAUGUAACUUUUCGUAAGCACCCUUAUACGGAUUAUUUUUUCAUUGUGAUUGAGAGUUGUGAUGUUAUGUCGAAGCUUCUGCAUACAGAUAUGUAACUCUAGAUUAUGCAUACUAUUUGUAUUCAUGUUUAGUGUUAAGUAGAAGCCCUGUUGUAUGUGUGUGUAUGUAUGUGUAUGUAUGUGUAUGUGUGUGUGUGUGUGUGUGCGUGUGUAUUAUUCUCAAUUAUUAAUAUAAAAAUUUAUUCUUAGAAUUUUGACAGAGAGGUCUGGUUAAUAUUCCUGAUAAACGUAGCAUCAGACUUAUAAUCGGACUGCCAUAUGUAGCGCUUCGAAUACAGAUACAGACUUUACCUUUUUAACAAACAAAAUCUUCCAAGAUUACUCAUAGCAAUCAUAUAUAUAUAUAUAUAUAUAUAUAUAUAUAUAUAUAUAUAUAUAUAUAUAUAUAUAAAAAAUACGUAAAAGUCAACUCAGCAUGUAAAUAUCUAGUUUUAAGACAUUUAUAUAUGUAUAUUGUAAAAAAUUACAUUAUAGAUUAUUCAUCGUCGUUUUUUAAAUAUGCAUACCCAUUCAAAAUAUCAAUUACUUUUCUAUGUAGUAAUGUCACCCUUUCAUUUAUAAAUAUAUACAUAAAUGAUGUUCACAUAUUAAGAAUAGUGAAUUAAUAAGAGAUUUUGUAUAUAACUAGUAAAAUGUAAAUAAUAAAAAUAGGAUACUUCUUGAA